GCCAUCGCCGCCAGGCCCAAAUCGCACAUUAUGGUUCAGGUACGCAACCUUUUUUGGACGCCUUUGCUAUAUAAAUUACUGUAAUAGGUAGUCUGUUUAUUGUAGAACGCACUCCUUACGCCACUAGCUCGAAUACUCAGUCGAAAAGCCGCUCAAUCGGGAGCCGGAGCUUGACAAGCUUGUCUCAAGUUUUAUUACGAAAGAAGGUGGUUAUGAUCGCAACCAUGGACCUAUUCCACACCUGGACGCCGCUACACACCAAGUAUGCGUAUACGGCUUGGUCAACAAGGAGCUCUCUCUUCACGUCAAAGACUUGCAAACGCUUCCUCAACAGAGCGUGAUAUGCGCACUACAAUGCGCUGGCAACAGGCGACACACCAUGCGAACGAAACUGAAGGAAGUUUCUGGCAUUGACUGGUUCGAUGGUGCUGUCAUGAAUUGCAAGUGGACCGGACCAUUACUCAAAGACGUCCUCGAUAAAGCGGGCGUUAGAGUUGAACAAGAUAAGUGGAAAGACGCACAUGUCGCAUUUUCCUGCUUCCAGACGCCAACUCAGGACGACGAAUACUACGGCGCCAGCAUACCUUUGUCACGAGCCAUGGACCCCAACAGCUCGAUCAUCAUUGCGCUCCAGAUGAACGACAAACCUCUUACGGCCAACCACGGAGCCCCAGUCAGGGUCGUCACUCCAGGUAUUGCUGGUGCAAGGAGCGUGAAAUGGCUGGACCGCAUCACCGUCCAAAUGUGCGAAAGCAACAGCUACUACCAGCAGCACGACUAUAAGAUACUUCCGCCGGAAGCAGACUGCAAGGAGAAGGCAGAGCAAUGGUGGGGCAAAGUUGGUGCACUGCAAGACAUGCCUAUCAAUAGCGUCAUUGGCGUGCCAAAGACUGGUUCAAAGGUUGAACGAGACGCGAAUGGCAUGAUAGAAAUCAAAGGCUACGCGUUGCCUAGCGGCUCUGAUGGGCCUAUCACUAAAGUCGAAGUCAGUACUGAUGGAGGCGAGACAUGGGUGGAUGCAGAGCUGGACCAGAGUCACGAUUACAAGGACGCAGAUCUGAAGUGGGCUUGGGCCUUGUGGAAGGCGAAGGUCAAGGUUGAGAAGUGCAAGGACGUGACAAUCUACAGCAAAGCAACGGACAGCAGCGGGCAGACUCAGCAGAAGAGCGUUGAGUGGAACUUCCGAGGCGUUGGGUAUAACGCUUGGGGCGAGGCGUCAGACAUUGAAGUGGUCUAGCAUCACCGACUGCAGAGAUGGCAGGAAUAGUUUAGGGAGCGACGCAUGGUAUAUCUCUUUCACAUUACGCGCCACUAUCCUAUUGCUGAU